AUGGUACCAUGGAGGGAAAAAACUGGAAGGGAUCACAUCCCGAGGGAACGAAGGGGAAGCUCUUCUGCGGUGGACGGAGCUUGUCCGAGACCGAAGACUCGAUCUAGACUGAAGAGGAUAACUGCUAAGAUGCGAGGGUCGAUAUAUUGGAUCCCAAGUGUCGACUUAGCAUUCCAACCACGUCCUAGUCUCCAAUUCCUUCUUCCUCAUUUCUUUAAUGCUGUCCUGCAUGUCUAUCUGUUUUUGAUUCUAGGCCAAAUCGGAUGGCAAAUUGGAUUCUUCUAAACCUAUCUCCAAUUUUCUUCACUAACCCUAUAUAAAUUUGUUAUCAUUUCCUCUUGAUUUGAAAUUAAUAAAUCUUAUUAUCUUUUUGCAUAUUUUAUGUAUAUUUGGCCUGUGUGAAUAAUGUUCUAUAUCACAUACACCCAUGGCAUACCAAAAUUUUAACAGCGACAUAUGCAGACGACACAACAAUAUUAGCAAGCCUCAAUAACCAAUAUACACCUUGUUACCGCACUCUUGUGACGUGAUGACGCCUUCAGUAACCAUUGCUGCAGCCAGCAUUACUUCUUCCUACCUCUUUGGAAAUCGAUCGUCCAGGCUCAAUACAAAACAUCGAUUAAAUUGUUUAAAAAACAGAUGAUAUAAAAAAA